CCGCGAUUUGUGAGAGAGUCCUUAAUCCAAUCGCACAAAAGGCGAUUGAAAGAAAUCACUGAAAGGUAAUGUCUUCUUGACUCCUGGUCCUCCUUCUGGGUUGAUUGCCUCCAUGGCCGCUCGACCGAACUGACAAGUGGUGUCAGGAGUGGUAUGAGGAUGACCAGAGGGAAAAAGACAGAGCAGCUUUGGGAGGAACCAGAUGAUGGUGAGCCUAAUCCUGAACAGCUGGGGGCAGCUGCACCUGCAACAGCAGCAAGAGAGCCAGAUAAGUUGGAAGACCUUUCUAACCUGGUAAAGACCCUGAUCCGUCCCCAGUCAUCUAGCGAUCAGCUUUUGGAGAAAGAGUCCACCCACCAAGAACAGAGGUGGAAAGACGUGCAACAUCAGUUUGGGCAAAUUCAGGCUCAAGUGAGAGAACUAAAGGGGGAACUCAAAAACAAAACUGAGUGGCAGGAGGAAGAAGAUGACGACGAUGAUGAUGAUGAUGUCAAUGAUGAUCAUGAUGGUGGCCCACCAGCUCCAACACGCAACCAGCCUUUGGAUCCUCCACCCAGGGCGCCACUGCUUCAUAAACAGCCCAAGUUACUAUAUGAUGAGGAUGACAUCGAGCAUUACCUAACAACAUUUGAAAGAAUUGCCACGGUGUGUUGUUGGCCAAAAGAAGAGUGGGCAAUACAACUCAUCCCUCUUCUCACAGGCAAAACGCACAGUGCUUAUGUUCUGAUGGAUUUGGUUGACUUUGAAGAUUAUGACAAAGUUAAAGAAGUUAUCCUGGCAAAAUAUGAAAUUACAGCUGACACUUAUUGCCGACGGUUCCGAGCUCUGGACAUCAAGCCUGUUGAGACCCCAAAAGAACUCUAUGUGCGUCUGAAAGACCUUUUUAAUCGAUGGGUAAAACCAGACACUUCAUCAGUGAAGGAGCUGUCUGAAAUGCUGAUACUGGAGCAGUUCCUGCAGAGGGUGAACCCUGAAAUGGAGGUCUGGAUUAAAGAGAGGGCCCCAAAGUCAGCUGAGGAGGCGGCAUCGUUUGCAGAGCUCUUCUUGUCGGCCAGAACUGGGAGUAGAAGACCAGCCUUCAGCUGGGAUCUUCACUUCAGCAGUCACAGUAAGUCCUCUGGGGGUGAGAGGGAUGGUCAAACUCAGACUCAAACUUAUAGCAGCCCUAGACAGUUCUUUCCUAAGCCAAGCAAAAAGUCAUUAUCUGGCUCAAGAGGCUCGUUGUUAUCAGUGUAAUGAGAUCGGUCAUACUCAAUAUACCUGUCCUGCUACCAGACCUAAUAAGCCUUCACUCCUAUGUACUGCACCCAGACCCUCACCACCAGCUACUGUAAGAGAGGAGGUUCUAACUGUACCAGUGCUAAUUAAUGGUCAACGUGAAGAGGCAGUUUUGG